UUGCCGAACUGCCUCUCAAUCUCUCAGAGUCUCACUAGUAAAAAAAAUACGAAGUGAUAAUUAGAAAAAAUAAAAGUCGGGGAAAAAAAGCAAAAUAAAGAAAGAGAGAAAACGUUCUUCCUUUCAUAGUUGUGGCGCCACUCUCUCACCAUUUGUAUUCAAACUUCAAAUCUCCUCCUCCGCCAACCUGCGUCACAUCUUCCUCCUUCAACCACCGUAUUCUCCUCUCUUUCAUUAAUAAUUAUUUUUUUCAUUUUCAUUGCCUUAAAUUUCAAAAUCCUAAAAAUUUAUUUAUUAAAAAAUGGAGGAGAGAGAGAGCCCCAUUUCAGGGUCUCCGGAAAACACCGAAAGCGGUUCACCAAUUUCCAUGAGUGCCGGCGUUAUUUCUGCACCGCCGGAUGCAGUUUCCGGUGAAGGAAAUUUUAACGGUGCAGUGAUUGCGCUUGCAAGUGGUGCUGGAAAUUCAGUGGGGUUAAAGAAGAAGAGAGGGAGGCCUAGAAAGUAUGACGCUCAUGGUAACUUGAAUCCUUCGUAUGCCUCCGCUGCCGGAAGAAGGAUCUCGUCGCCGCAUUCGGAAGCUAUGUCUCCGCCGCCGGGUUUUACUCUUACGCCGUCGUUUGCAUCAGAUAAUGGGCCGAAGAGAGGGCGGGGAAAAGCUUCUUCUCAAAAUAACUGGAACCAAUUUGCUUCCGUAGGUGGAAUAUUUGCAGAUACAGCAGGGGUGGACUUCACACCCCAUGUCAUAACAGUACAAACUGGAGAGGAUGUAGCGGCCAAAAUACAUUCAGUUGGUCACAAGGGGGCCCGAGGAGUCUGCGUCCUCUCCGCUAAUGGUUCCAUCUCGAACGUUACCAUCCGCCAACCAGGAUCUUCUGGUGGCCUCUUGACAUAUGAGGGGCGGUUUGAGAUAUUGUCUUUAAGCGGGUCAUACACAAGGAGUGAAGCUAACGGGGUGACAACUAGGAAUGGUGGACUAAGCAUCUCAUUAGCUGGUCCUGAUGGCCAUGUUGUUGGUGGCAAUGUUGCUGGCUGGAUUACUGCCGCAAGCCCUGUUCAACUGGUUAUUGGAAGCUUUGUUCCUUAUGCUCAAAAGAGAAGGCAACAUCAACAUGGCGAAUCCCCAGCUGCAAUUUCUAUCCAGGCUUUUCCUGAUACAAUGCCUGCAGGAAUUUCAAACCUACAGUCUGUUCCCCUAGGUAAUGAAAUGGGCACACCAAAUGUACAGCUAAUGCCAUUACAAAGUCUUAGUCAGGCAGAUGAAAGCAUAGGGAACGGGCAUAACCUAAAUGUAGUCUCUUCACAUAAUACUCCACAAUGGAAUAAUGGAGUGCAACCAACCCAACAGCAGAAAAUUUAUCCCGAUAUCAAUGUGUGUGUGCCUGGAGUAUGAGUAUGAGGUUUUGGGUCUCUUCUCUUUCUUUUUAUUAGAGACACCUUUCUUACUCUGGUAGUCGAUUUCAGAAAAAGGUUUAUAUAUGGACUGAAACUAUAAAAUACAUUGUUAAGCUGAAGAGUGAAGACUUGUUUGUUGUAUGAUUCAAUCGCAUCAACUCCAAUUGACUUUACACUUACUGUAGCUGAAAAUGAAAGGUUUUCGAUCUUUGUUCA